AAAAGAAAACCCUGUGACGAUUUGAAUAACCAACUCGACCUUAUAGAAGAAAAGUAUGCUAAAAUAGAUGCUCAAUUCUUAAAAAAAAGAAAAUUAAAUAAUUAUACUCCAAAACCAAAACCUCCAAAAGAUGAUUCAUCAAGCACAGAUUUCGUCGAUGCGCUCUUACAAAUUAAAACCGGUGAACCUGCUACACAAGAAAACUCUAAUGAUAUG